AUGGGACCCCAAGGGCCGGACCUGGCUGAACUUGUUUCGACCAGCGUGAAGCGAUACGAACCAGGACUGACAGCAUAUGGAACUGAGUCGCUUGCUUCGGUCAUCACAGGUGCUCGCUUAAAGGAGCUCUUGCCAGUAGACUACGAGGGUGACGGGUGUGGCGGGAAUGUGAGGAGCGCCCGAGUUCGAGUGAGGAUCACUGACGUUGGCCCACUUGGCUUUGGACUCGAUUUUCGCAAUCCUGAUGAACUCUCCGAUGGCAUUCACAAUUCUAUUGUUGAGGAUGGUGAUUAUUAUCCGGGUGGAUUUGAUUGGUAG